GAGCCACGAGUAAGAGAGGAAGAACAAUGAAGAAACCAAUUCCUAAAAUUAGGGUUUUUGGUCAGCGAUCGAUUGCCCCUUCUUUCCUGAAUCGCACCUCGAUUCCUGAUGAAGAAAAUCCGUCGAAGAAAUUGGACAAGUCUGCUUCGUUUUCAGAUUUCCUCGACAGCAAGCUGAGCAAAUCAGUGCUCUUUAAGGACAAGAACAUAAAGGGCUCAUUGGUUAGCUCUAAAGAUCUGACUCCACUCUCUCAUGGGUUUGGGAUUGAGAAAAAAUGCAGGGAAGAGAAGAAAUUUAGUGAUGUUGGUCUUGAAAAGACAAUGCUUCAGCAAUUCAAGCCAAGAGAGACUCAGGUAAGUGAAGAAAUGACUAGGGAUGGUACUACGGGUGACACCACAGCUCUUAAGCCGUUGGAUCGAACCACUGCUGAAGAAAUCGAUCUUUUGACUUCGUGUUUCACUGAAAUCAGUGAAGAUAUCAUUGUGAAGGACGAUAAAUCAACAAAGAAAAGAAAAGAUCCUUUUGAAGGUAUGGAGAGCAUGAACAGAACGGGAAAGCCUGUGAUAGUCUUUGGAGACAACUCAAAUGCAUCAAAGCCGAUGCAAGGGAAAGGCGAAAUAGGAAGAAGCAGCUGUAGUAAGAAGCAGAGACCUGCAUACAACCAUUAUGCAAAUGGUUCAGGAUUUUGGGACUGUGACAUGGAAGGUGUUGACUCAGAAGAAGUUGGACAUAGUGAAGUCUGGGAGGGAGUUGGUUCGACUACGUUCGGAGAUAUAGUUGAUUGGCACUAACAAAUAGCAACCGGGUCGGGCCAUGUUUAAGAGUGAAAAAAGAUUGUAACUAGCCUAGCUAGCAGA